GGGUUUGAUUUGGGAGUAAAUUGGGACUGAUCCAUCUGGUAACAGCAGCAGCGCGCACAGCUGUCAGCCAAAAAAUACCUCUGAACUUUACAUUUAUCCACUGGAUUUACUCUUCAUUUGCCAAGUAAGCGUAGACAGCAUGGCUCGAGGACACCAGAAGAUCCAGUCUCAGCAGAAAAAUGCCAAGAAGCAGGCCGAGAUCAAGAAGUCUAAAGGCCACGACCAGAAAACGGCAGCCAAGGCUGCUCUGGUGUUCACCUGUGGAGUCUGCAGGUCGCAGAUGCCCGACCCUAAAACCUUCAAGCAGCAUUUUGAGAGCAAACAUCCUAAGAACCCCCUCCCUCCGGAGCUGGAAGGUGUUGAGGCUUAAAAACAGACACGACUUCGGUCCUGGACCCCGCACUACUCUUCUCGGAUCAAAGACUGUUGACCUUGAGUCCCUCACCCGCCGCCCGCUCCUCACUGGUACACUUUUUCAAUGAAACGAUGGCUCCAGCCUUGGCAAAAACGUCAGAUCAAUGUAUUACCUCAGUCUGCAGUCUGUCCUUUAUUAGCAUCUCUGGUGUAUUUCAUGGGUAGAGCUGAUUAAAAGGUAAUCCAGCUCAACGGUUUCAUAGACCUCUGAAGUUGUGCGUCAUUCUGUGGUCGGCGUCAUGCUUGUAUUAGGAACUCUGGGUCUGAGCUGUUUUGCUUUUGUGUGAGAGUUAAAAUGAAUGCCGGUUUUGAAAAUCUCCUCUGUGUCACCCUUCGAUACACACAUUUCAAACCACAUACUUGUAGUCUUGUGUCAUUUGAUCCUCUGAAUUACGAGGCUGUUGUGGAGGAGAAAUAAAAGUAAUACUAUAUCUGUGAAUAUAACUGCAAGCUAACACUUCCGCACAACAGGACUGGCACUAUGAGACUCCCCCAAACCACGCAAACUAAUCUGCAAACACUGUUAUGUGGGGAGGUGAAGGGACUUUACUGUUUGAGUUUAGUUUAGUUUAACAUGCUCCUUUAUGUCACAUCUUUUGAGUGUUCAGCAAUAAUAGAUGAUUGCAUGAAUUUCCAGUCAUGUGUCAAACUCUGAUAUUAAUGUUAUCUGUCCUAUCCUCUACAGAGCCAUAUUUCUGCUAAUAUAACGAAAAUGAGGUUAUUUACUGAAUAUAAAAUAAAACAAUAUAUACAAAAGUAUUGGCACAUUUUAAGUUGUAUCUUAUUGUUGUCUAAUUAUAUUUUUUAGUAAAUAAUUAGAAAGUAUAUUAGAAACUCAAUAUGCCAUGUAACUCUUCAGUUAACACCCUUCAGUUUUUUUUAUAGAAAAAGCCAGCUUGCACUUCGAGCUUCCUUUUAUGGGUUUAACGCACAGCUUCAGAGGUCUUUUUUGUUUGUUUGUUUGUUUGUUUUUCUUCUACUUCUUUUUUGGCUAGUAGCAGUCAUGUGCUGAUUGCAGUGGGCCUGGUUAAUAAAGGUGUGUAAGAUUUUCGGUCGUAGUAAUUUGAGUCCUUUUGCUCUGUUGGUUUUGCUAAAAGUACCUGUGGUAAAGACUUUGUAAUGGAGUUUCUGUGAUCAAAACGGUGAUUGGAAAUGUAUACAUAAAGGUGUUUCUCUUAAUCACUGGAUGAAGCCAAGAGUGACUGUAAAUCCUUUAAUUUUUUUGCUGCAGGAAUUCUAAUCGUUCACUGGAGAGAUAUUGCAUCAAUAUUUAAGAUGAGAUUCAUGCUUUUGUCACCUGGUUUCUGCACCAAUGUAAUAUAACAUUUUAAUAAAGUUUAACUUUGUUUAA